GAGAGAAACGGCAUACCUUAUCUAAUGGCCGUUGCAGGGACUCACUUUACUGUUGUUCAGCAGCCGCAAGUGUUGUUUGCUCCUAAGUCUUGCAGUAUUUAUAGUCGAACAUUCUCUUUCCCUAGUGGUAAAAGCCAGAGCAAUCAUCAGUUCCAGUUUCAGUACCAUACCAAGUCCAAGUAUGGGGUUCUGAAUUGUAUAUGCUGCUCUACUGAUUCAAAUUCAAGUCGUGGUUUCGGUCCGAGUGAUGGCAACACUAACAAGGGUAAGAAUUCUGCAACCGCCAGAAGGCAGGCCAAGGGCACAGUGCGGCCGCAAAGGAAUUCAUCUACCCGACAGUCAGACGACCUCCUUAAUCAGGCACCUCGUUUGAACUCUACGAAUGAUGUCAGAAAGUCAAAAAGUGUGGGGUCAGAUCUUCAGUUUGAGGAACGGUUGGAUGUAGUAAAAAGGUCGGCGCUUCAGCAGAAAAAAACAGAGGAAGAGAAAGCAUAUGGAGCAAUUGACUAUGAUGCUCCGGUUGAGUCCAGAAGUACUACAAUCGGACUGGGUACCAAGAUUGGAGUUGGAGCGGCUGUUAUUGUAUUUGGACUCUUGUUUGCACUUGGUGACUUUCUUCCCUCUGGAAGUGUUAGUCCCACUGAGGAGAUUGCCAGCAAGGGUAAGAGAAUUGCUGAAGAUGAGAGAGCUAACCUCCUGAAGACGCUUCAGCAAUUUGAGGCUACACUGGCUUCAUCACCAGAGGAUCCCAUCUCGCUUGAAGGAGCUGCUGUGACCUUAUCAGAACUGGGGGAGUACAAUCGAGCCUCUUCCCUUCUUGAAGAAUUGAUUAAGAAAAAACCAAGUGACCCAGAUGUUUACCGUUUGCUUGGAGAAGUCAAAUAUGGACUGAUGGAUUAUGAAGGGAGUGCUGCUGCUUUUAGAAUGUCUGCCAUGGUAUCCGGAACUAUUGAUUUUGAAGUUCAACGUGGCCUUACAAAUGCACUAAUUGCCGCGAGGAAGCCAGAUGAGGCUGUUCAAAUGCUUUUGGCAUCACGCAAAAGUCUGAAAGAAGAAAAAACUAGUGGUAGCAGUGAUGGAACCAAGAACAGUGCAGCGAAAUCAAAGUCAGAGGUAGACCCAAUUCAAGUUGACCUGCUUCUGGGAAAAGCAUACUCAGAAUGGGGCCAUAUCAGUGAUGCCGUGUCUGUAUAUAAUCAACUCAUUUCUACCUAUCCUGACGACUUUAGGGGUUACUUAGCGAAGGGUAUCAUUUUGAAAGAGAACGGAAAUGUUGGUGAUGCUGAGCGGAUGUUUAUACAAGCGAGAUUCUUUGCACCAGAGAACGCUAAGGCGCUUGUUGAUAAGUAUUCAAAAUGAUUUCCCUUGAAUAGUCCUUUGAUAUCCCUGGCUGUUACACUAUUUUGAUGGCUGAAACAGGGUUUAAUUGUCCAGCAUCAGAGAAAAGUUAAGUAGCCUGCGGCUUAUGAAUUGUGAGAUUCUUUGGUUACUGGGAAGUAUAUAGUAGUGGAUGGCAGUUACCAACAUAUGUUUCAUUACUAGUUAUUGUGUAGACAUAUAAUAUUUCUGUUGAAUAAUGUGGUAUGUCGAGUCGGUCAAAAACGCUAUGUUUGUAUUCAGUUUGCUCAGUUGCUUUUCUAUAAUAUACGUGAGGUCAGCACUCA